CCCUUUUACAGUGCUUAGUUUCAGUUUUUCUUUUUUUUCAACUGUCAAGAAACUCCAAAAGCCAUUUCGAAUUUCUCUGAUCGCUUUUCUUCAGGUAAAGAUAAACAAUGUGAAGAGAGAAGAAAGAAAAUGUCGAGCAACAGCUACAGAAAUGGCAGCAGUAUAGGCAGAGGAGGUGGAGGAGGAGCUAUGAAGUUGGAGAAUCACAGUUCUAAGUAUUCUCCGUCUUCUUCUUCUAAGUCAAAGGUGCAGCCGACGGCGUCUUCUUCUACUAGUCUAAGGCGCAGCAGCACCGGUUCGAGCCGUGAUGAUUCUACAGUUUCCAGGAGAGUGCGAGUUGCUGUCCGAUUGCGACCUCGAAAUGCAGAAGAGAUGGUGGCGGAUGCUGAUUUUGCUGAUUGCGUGGAAUCGCAACCAGAGCUCAAACGGUUGAAACUUCGGAAAAACAAUUGGGAUUCUGAUACUUAUGAGUUUGAUGAAGUUCUAACAGAGUUUGCAUCUCAGAAGCGUGUGUAUGAAGUUGUAGCAAAGCCCGUAGUUGAGAGUGUUCUGGAGGGUUACAAUGGAACGGUGAUGGCAUAUGGGCAGACUGGUACAGGGAAAACCUAUACCCUGGGACGAUUAGGAGAAGAAGAUGCUGCUGAUCGUGGAAUAAUGUUGCGUGCAAUGGAGGAUAUACUAGCAGAAGUAUCACCUGAGAAUGAUUUAGUCUCUGUUUCAUAUUUGCAGCUUUAUAUGGAGACGGUACAGGACCUCCUUAAUCCAACUAAUGACAGUAUAUCUAUUGUGGAAGAUCCAAAAAGUGGAGAUGUUUCUCUACCGGGGGCGACUCUGGUUGAAAUUAGGGAUCAUAAAAGUUUUAAGGAAUUACUACAAUUAGGAGAAGCUCAUCGAUUUGCUGCAAACACAAAAUUGAAUACAGAAUCCUCUCGUAGUCAUGCCAUUUUAAUGGUACACAUAAAGAGGUCCGUCAAAGGAAGAAAUUCUUCGCUUUCAAGUGAAAAUGGUAGCAUGGCUCUAAUGGGUAAAACAUUGAAGCCUCCGGUUGUACGAAAAAGCAAGCUAGUGAUUGUGGACCUUGCUGGUUCUGAACGAAUUGACAAGUCAGGGAGUGAGGGUCAUACGUUGGAGGAAGCAAAAUCUAUCAAUCUCUCUUUAAGUGCAUUAGGAAAGUGUAUUAAUGCAUUGGCAGAGAACAGUGCCCAUGUUCCUGUCCGUGAUUCAAAGCUCACAAGAUUGCUUCGGGAUUCUUUUGGAGGCACAGCAAGAACCUCAUUGGUUAUUACUAUUGGGCCAUCACCGCGCCACCGAGGAGAGACAUCCAGCACCAUCAUGUUUGGACAACGGGCUAUGAAGGUGGAGAAUAUGGUAAAAAUUAAAGAGGAAUUUGAUUACAAGAGUUUAUCACGGAGGCUUGAAAUACAAUUGGACAAACUAAUUGCAGAACAUGAACGGCAACAAAAAGCAUUCCAGGAUGAAAUUGAAAGGAUGGCUUUGGAAGCACAAAAGCGUAUUUCUGAAGUUGAACUGAGCUAUGCUGAUGCGCUGGAGAAGGAGAAACUGAGGUGUCAAAAGGACUAUUUGGAAUCAGUAAAAAGGCUCGAGGAACAAUGGAAGGAAAAACAAGAAAAGCAUGGACAUGGAAAAGUCAAACUUGGGCCAUCUGAUGAUGGCAUUGAACAGAAAUCAAACCGCGUGCCUCCUGUGCUGUUUGCUCCUGGUGAAGUUGCAGAGAUUAAACAAAAGCUUCACAAUGAAAUUCUUUUACGCAAAGCUGCAGAAGCUGAAAUUGAUAAUCUUAAAAGUCAAUUGAUUCACUGGAAACAGACAGAGGCUGCUAGAAAUGCUGAACUGUUGAAGGUUCGUAAGAUGCUGGAAGAUGAAGUAUGCCAAAAAGCAAAACUUGAAGAAGAAAUAGAAAUGCUACAAAGUCAGCUGCUACAGAUAAGUUUUGAAGCAGAUGAGUCAAGAAGAAAUCUUGAUAGAGGUAUGGGUGGAAACACACCUAGCUCGAUGGAAUCUCUCAUGCCUGAGGUCAAGCAUCAACAGCUGAGAGACUCAGGUGAUGGAGAGAAAGCCUCGGUUGUGAAACUCUUUGAACAAGUGGGUCUGCACAAAAUUUUGUCAUUACUUGAAUCAGAAGAUGCUGAUGUACGUAUUCAUGCUGUAAAAGUAGUUGCUAAUUUGGCUGCAGAAGAGUCAAAUCAAGAGAAGAUUGUUGAGGCUGGUGGACUCACAUCCUUGCUUACACUCCUAAGAAGUUCCAAUGACGAGACCGUUCAUCGAGUGGCAGCCGGGGCUAUUGCAAAUCUUGCAAUGAAUGAAACCAACCAGGAGCUGAUUAUGUCUCAAGGGGGAAUAAGCUUGUUGUCACUGACAGCAGCCAAGGCUCAGGAUCCUCAGACACUCCGCAUGGUUGCUGGAGCCAUUGCUAAUCUCUGUGGGAACGAUAAAUUACAAGCAAAGCUUAGAGCUGAAGGUGGUGUUAGGGCGCUAUUAGGAAUGGUUGGAUGCAGACAUCCAGAUGUUCUUGCUCAAGUUGCCCGAGGGAUUGCAAACUUUGCAAAAUGCGAGUCUAGAGCAUCUUCUCAAGCAGGGACUAAGAGUGGGAGGUCAGUCCUAAUCGAAGAUGGUGCCCUUCCCUGGAUCGUGCAGAAUGCUAAUAACGAAGCCUCACCAAUCAGACGUCACAUUGAGCUGGCACUUUGCCAUUUAGCACAACAUGAGAUCAACGCUAAGGAAAUGAUUAACGGAGGUGCCUUGUGGGAGCUAGUUCGUAUAUCACGAGAUUGUUCACGGGAGGAUAUAAGGGCUCUUGCACUGCGAAUACUCAAGUCCAGCCCUAGUUUCCAAGCUGAGUUGAAGAGGCUAAGAGUUGAUUAUGGUUAAAGUUAUGCAGGAGUGUAGUAUUUUGGAUCGGUCGAUAAAAGAAGGAAAAAAGGAAAAUGGUUCAGGGGGGAGCUUGGGUUUAUUAUUUUAUAUGCUAGGUUGUUUGGUACCUAAGUAACCAUUAUUUUGUCUUCAGUAUCUGGUCUUGUAACCUGUACAUAGAAAGAUGUGUAGUUCUCUUUGUGAACAGGUUUUAAAAGUGUAAAUUGAUAAUUUUCGUGCUAUGAAACUGAAGAAAAUGAUAUAUUUUUGUAAAUAUGGGGACAUAUUGGUUGCAGCUUUUAUUUAAGUUUGCAUUUGGAUGC